CUGACAUGUCAACCUUGGUCAUCACCGUAAGGUUGGCCGCUGAAAAGGCGAAUGCAAACGACGCACCGCAGUUGAAGAAGAACGUGUCAGUGCAUGACAUGCACAAGAUCCCUUUGGCAACGAGUCAAAUCCUUGCACCUGCCAGCAAUCCGUCGUGGCAGUUGAUGAAACACUCGCACUUCGAGCAAUACGCCAGUUUGCCCGGGGGAUGGUACGACAUGCUGGAAGGUCUUCAAAAGCAAUGGGACUGGACGUUCGAAGAAAUCAUCCAUCUCCAAUGCGCGUUGACCCACUUCAGUCGGUUUCGGUCCAACACGAUUCCCCAGUUCCCAUCGAGCCGAGUUGCAAAUCGGUCGCUGGAAUGGCUGGGCGACUCGAUCUUAAACACAUGUGUGGCUAUCUACCUCUUUCAAUCAUACCCCCUGAUGCAAGAAGGGCAGUUGACGCAAUUGCGGUCGGCGCUGAUCAACAACUCGAUUUUGUCACUCGUGUCGACGCAACUUGGACUGCCCCCCGCAAUUCUGACUGGGUCUCGCGCGGCACAAAGCGAAACUGAAGAAUCCGAUGCUGCCAUUAGUAUGCGCCAGACCAUCUAUGCAAGUGCGGUGGAAUCAUUGAUUGGCGCUGUGUUCCUCGACCAGGGCAUGUCUCGAGCGAUGGAGUUUGUGAAUACGCGCGUGCUUCCCCUUGCGAUUGACUUGGCGACGAACUCGAGAAACUGGGACCCCGUGAGCGAACUCCAGCGCCGACUUACGACCAAAAAGCGUACCGUGCGCUACGAUAGAACGAAAGAUGAGCUCGUGCACGAUGUUACGCUCUACGUCGACGAAAAAUUCAUCAUGCGCGACACGGGUGCCAAUUACAAAGACAUCCAACGGUCCAUUGCGCACCAUGUCCUUGACACGCUGGAGAAAACUCAUCCCGAGAUCAAGUACGACUGAUGCGAUCGUCUUGGGUGGUGCAGCUCGAUCCUUCCUGCAUCGGUCCCGCCGCAAUGCGCUGGUUUGAAUCGAAACAAAACUCUGCAGUCCCAUUUUUUAGCUUGGUUGAAACAACAAAAAUUGCGGCAGGCGUCAUUAUUAAAGACUUCUUGAUUCACGUGACCA